AUGGUGAAAAGACCAGCACCAUUCACUGUGGAAACAAUCAGUGCUGGACAAGGGGAGGUCCUUGUUUUUGUGGAGGACCCUGAAGGAUUAAGAGAAGAGGCCAAGGUCACAGCCAACAAUGACAAGAACAAGACUUUCUCAGUGGAAUAUGUACCCAAAGUGACUGGUAUGCACAAGGUUACUGUGCUCUUUGCCGGUCAGCACAUUUCAAAGAGCCCAUUUGAAGUAAAUGUUGAGAAGGCUCAGGGAGACGCCAGUAAAGUCACAGCUAAAGGACCUGGAUUGGAGGCAACCGGUAACAUUGCCAAUAAACCCACCUACUUCGACAUUUAUACUGCAGGUGCUGGAGUCGGAGAUAUAGGAAUAGAAGUUAUCGAUCCUCAGGGGAGAAAAAAUAUUGUGGACAUUGCACUUGAAGAUAAAGGAAAUUGUGUGUAUCGAUGCACCUACAAGCCGCUGAAACCUGGACCUCAUACUGUUGGCGUCACAUUCGGUGGGGAAGCCACGCCCAAAAGUCCUUAUGUGGUCAACGUUGGUGAACCCUGCAGCCCAAACGCUUGUCGAGCCAGCGGACGUGGCUUGCAGCCCAAAGGCGUCCGGAUUAGAGAAACUGCUGAUUUUAAGGUCGACACUAGAACUGCAGGAAGUGGUGACCUCCAUGUUUCAGUGAAGGGGCCAAAGGGUCUGGAUGAGCCUGUGAAGCAGUUGGAGGCGGUAGAUGGAGUACAUUUGUUUGAGUAUUACCCCCUGAACCCUGGGAAAAUAUGUGGCCACCAUCACUUGGGGCGGCCAUCACAUCCCCAAAAGCCCAUUUGAAGUUCAGGUGGGGCCCGACGCAGGACCUCAGAAAGUACGGGCAUGGGGCCCUGGUCUCUCUGGUGGUGUCGUUGGAAAAUCAGCAGACUUUGUAGUGGAGUCUAUUGGCCCAGAUGUGGGGUCAUUAGGUUUUGCCAUUGAAGGUCCAUCUCAGGCCAAGAUAGAAUGUGAUGACCAAAGCGACGGCUCUUGUGAUGUGAAAUAUUGGCCCAAGGAGCCUGGUGAAUAUGCUGUCCACGUCAUGUGCGACGAUGAGGAUAUCAAAAACAGUCCAUACAUGGCGUACAUCCAGCCAGCAUCAGCAGACUUUAACCCAGAUAAGGUCAAAGCAUAUGGUCCGGGCCUGGAGAAGAGUGGGUGCAUUGUGAACAACCCAGCAGAAUUUUUCAUAGACCCAAGAGAGGCUGGGACAGCACAUUUGGGCGUCUAUGCACAAGAUGUUGAAGGCAAUCCUGUGGACAUCUACUCCAAGCCAAACCCUGAUGGCACCUACGCCUGCUCAUACAAUCCAACUAAGCCAAUCAAGCACACAGUUGUGGUCACAUGGGGCAGUGUCGGUGUACCCAAAAGCCCUUUCAGAGUGAACAUUGGGCAGGGCAGCCACCCACACAAAGUGAGGGUUUUCGGGCCUGGCGUAGAGAAAGCUGGUUUAAAGGCAAAUGAGCCUACACACUUCACAGUGGACUGUACUGAGGCUGGAGAAGGUGAUGUCAGCGUUGGAAUCAAGUGCGAAGCCCGUGUAAUAAGUGAUGAGGAAGAGGACAUUGAAUUUGACAUUAUUCCCAAUGCCAAUGACACGUUUACUGUGAAAUAUACUCCUCCAGCUGCUGGGCGAUACACUAUCAAAGUUCUCUUUGCUGGAGAGGAAAUUCCAAGUAGCCCCUUCAAAAUCAAAGUUGAACCUUCACAUGAUGCCAGCAAGGUGAAGGCUGAAGGCCCAGGACUUAGUAAAUCUGGUGUUGAGAAUGGGAAGCCGACACACUUUACAGUCUAUACCAAAGGGGCAGGAAAAGCCCCCGUUGAUGUGAACUUCAGUGGGCCCACUCAGGAAGAUUCUGUAAAAGACUUUGAAAUCAUUGAUAAUUAUGAUUAUUCCCACACUGUCCGCUACACACCAACUGAACAGGGCAAAAUGAGGGUAGAUGUGAACUAUGGAGGUGACCCUAUUCCAAAAAGCCCCUUUACAGUUGGAGUGGCAGCUCCUCUGGAUCUCAGCAAGAUCAAAAUCAGUGGACUAGAUAGCCGAGUGGAAGUUGGUAAAGACCAAGAGUUCACUGUGGACACCAAGGGUGCUGGUGGACAAAGCAAACUGGAUGUGAAACUUACCAGCCCGAGCAGAAAAGUAAUUCCUAGUGUGAUCGAUCCAGUACCAGGGAAGGAAGCUAGCACAGUGAAAUAUAUCCCAAAAGAGGAAGGGGUAUACAACAUAGAUGUGAAUUAUGAUGGCCACCCAGUGCCAGGAAGUCCUUAUACCGUGGAAGCCACUCUACCUCCUGACCCAACAAAGGUUAAAGCAUAUGGGCCAGGCCUUAAAGGAGGACUGGUUGGAAAGCCUGCUGAAUUUACCAUUGACACUAAAGGAGCAGGCACUGGAGGUUUGGGCUUGACUGUUGAAGGUCCAUGCGAAGCUAAAAUUGAAUGUUCGGACAAUGGUGAUGGCACAUGCUCCGUUUCCUACCUGCCAACCACGUCUGGGGAAUACUUUGUGAACAUCCUUUUUGAAGAAACUCAUAUUCCAGGUUCCCCAUUCCAAGCUGAAAUUGAAAUGCCUUUUGAUCCUUCUAAAGUGGUUGCCACAGGUCCUGGUCUGGAGCAUGGCAAAGUAGGAGAGGCUGGACUCAUUCAUGUAGACUGUUCCCAAGCAGGACCUGGAGUCCUCACUAUGGAGGCAGUGUCUGAUUCUGGAUCCAAAGCUGAGGUCUACAUACAGGACAAUAGUGAUGGAACCCAUGCUGUCACCUAUGCUCCUCUCUUUGCUGGCAUGUACACAUUAUCUAUGAAGUAUGGAGGAGAGAAAGCGCCAAAGUUCCCUGCUCGUGUAAAGAUUGACCCUGCUGUGGACACUAGUAAAGUCAAAGUUUUUGGACCUGGUGUGGAAGGAGAUGGAAUAUUUAGGGAAGCCACAACAACUUUUACAGUGGAUGCCCGACCUCUGACACGAACUGGAGGAAAUCACGUCAAAACCAAAAUCACCAAUCCAUCCGGAGCGGCAACAGAUUGCCUGGUUAAAGAUAACGGUGAUGGGACUUAUGAGGUGGAAUACAUACCUUUUGAAAAAGGUGUCCACUCUGUGAAGGUGAUGUAUGAUGAUGAAUCGGUUCCCAAAAGCCCAUUUAAGGUUGGCGUAACAGAAGGCUGCUAUCCCUCUCGUGUAAAGGCACAGGGGCCUGGGCUGCAGGAGGCUCUUACAAAUAAGCCAAAUAAAUUUUCUGUAAUCACAAGAGGGGCAGGUAUUGGUGGUCUGGGAAUUACAGUUGAGGGUCCAUCCGAAUCCAAAAUGUCUUGUAAGGACAACAAAGAUGGCAGCUGCAGUGUUGAGUACAUACCAUACGUCCCAGGAGAUUAUGAUGUCAACAUAACAUAUGACGGGGAGCAUAUUCCAGGAAGUCCAUUCAAGGUCCCUGUAAAAGAUAUAGUUGAUCCCAAUAAGGUAAAAGUUGCAGGCCCUGGAUUGGGAAAUGCGGUUCGAGCCAAAAUUCCUCAACAGUUUGUGGUGGACACCAGCAAAGCUGGCGUGGCUCCUCUUAUUGUAGAAGUGAUUGGACCAAGAGGAGUUGCAGAACCAGUUGACAUUACAGAAAAUGGAGAUGGGACACACACGGUGGCGUACACACCAAGCGUUGAAGGUCCUUAUACAGUGUCUGUACAGUAUGCUGAUGAGGAGAUUCCUCGGAGCCCUUUCAAGGUUAAGGUUCUUCCAACCUACGAUCCCAGCAAGGUGACUGUAAGUGGUCCUGGGCUCAGCUCUCAAGGGGUCCUGGCCAGUCUUCCUGUGGAUUUUGCAGUUAAUACCAAGGAUGCAGGGCUAGGAGAUCUUUCUGUCCUUAUUACUGACCAAGAAGGCAAGCCAAAGAAGGCUCAGAUUUUGGACAACAAGGAUGGAACAUACGCAGUAUCUUACGUUCCAGAUAAAACUGGGCGAUAUCAGGUUGCUGUCAAAUAUGGAGGAGAUGAUAUCCCUUACUCCCCAUACAGAAUCAGGGCAAUGCCUUCAGGAGAUGCCAGCAAGUGUACAGCAGCAGGGCCAGGAAUCCAGCCUGCUGUGAAGACUGGCGAGGAGGUCGGCUUUGUGGUUGAUGCCACAACCGCUGGUAAAGGGAAAGUCACUUGCAGCAUUUUGGAUCCCGAUGGACUGGAGUCAGAAGCAGAUGUCAUUGAGAAUGAAGAUGGCACUUAUGACAUUUUCUACACUACUGCUAAGACUGGCCCCUAUGUCAUCCAUGUCCGCUUUGGUGGAGUGGACAUUCCAAACAGUCCCUUCACUGUCAUGGCUACAGAUGAAGUCCCAGUAAUGUGUCAGCAGCAGUCUCAGCAACAGUCUCUUAGUGCCUUGCCUCCAGGCUAUGACCCUGUGGUGUCGGAAACUGCAUAUGCUCCUGUUGGUUCUAUGAAUGGGAUGGGAUUCAGGCCCUUUGAUUUAGUUAUACCUUUUGCCAUAAGGACAGGAGACAUAACAGGUGAAGUUAUUAUGCCAUCAGGGAAGACCGCCCCUGCAGAAAUCGUUGACAACAAAGAUGGUACUGUGUCAGUACGAUAUGUUCCCACCGAAACCGGACUGCAUGAGUUACACAUCAAAUGUGAUGGAACUCAUAUUCCAGAGAGCCCAUUGCAGUUUUAUGUCAAUUACCCCAAUACUGGAAGUGUUUCAGCAUAUGGACCAGGUCUUAUUUAUGGUGUUGCCAACAAACCAGCCACAUUCACCAUUGUUACAGAAGAUGCAGGGGAAGGAGGUCUUGAUCUGGCUAUUGAAGGUCCUUCAAAAGCAGAAAUCAGCUGCAUUGACAACAAGGAUGGUACUUGCACGGUCACCUAUCUGCCAACACUACCUGGUGAUUACAGUAUCCUAGUGAAAUACAAUGAUACACAUAUUGCUGGAAGUCCUUUCGUUGCCAAAGUUACUGAUGACAGCAGGAGACGUUCUCAAGUCAAACUGGGCUCCACGGCUGAUUUCUUGUUGGAUAUCAAUGAGACUGAUCUAAGCCUACUGACUGCCAGUAUUAAAGCUCCAUCUGGUCACGAUGAGCCAUGUAUCCUUAAAAGACUUCCAAAUAGCCACAUUGGCAUCUCUUUCAUUCCACGAGAGGUUGGUGAGCACUUGGUCAGCAUAAAGAAAAAUGGACGCCAUGUGCCUAACAGUCCGAUCUCCAUCAUGGUCUACCAGUCUGAAAUAGGCGAUGCUAGCAAGGUGAAAGUAUUUGGACCUGGAUUAACUGAGGGCCGUACAUUUGAGUUGUCAGAUUUUGUGGUAGACACCAGAGAGGCCGGCUAUGGUGGGCUUUCACUUGCAGUUGAAGGACCCAGUAAAGUUGAUAUUCAAACUGAAGAUUUGGAUGAUGGCACCUGCCAAGUCUCUUACUGCCCAACAGAGCCAGGUGUUUAUAUCGUAUCCAUUAAGUUUGCAGAUGAACAUGUGCCAGGAAGUCCAUUUACUGCCAAAGUCACUGGAGAAGGAAGAGUGAAAGAGAGUAUUACUAGACGAAAGAAGGCACCUUCUGUGGCCACUGUAGGAGGCAUCUGUGAACUCAAUUUAAAAAUACCAGAAAUUGACAGGAGAGAAAUAACCGCUGAAGUAACCAGCCCCUCAGGACAGACUACUGAGGCUGAAAUAGUAGACCUGGGCCAGAAUACAUCUUGCGUGCGCUUUGUUCCCCAAGAGAUGGGUGUACACACAGUCAGCGUAAAGUACCGAGGGGAGCACGUGCCAGGCAGCCCGUUUCAGUUCACCGUGGGGCCCCUGGGAGAAGGUGGCGCUGAGAAGGUAAAAGCUGGAGGUCCUGGCCUGGAGAGAGGGGAAGCUGGCAUUCCAGCUGAAUUCAGUAUAUGGACACGGGAAGCAGGAGCCGGUGGUCUGUCCAUUGCAGUGGAGGGACCCAGCAAGGCAGAGAUUUCAUUUGAAGAUCGUAAAGAUGGAUCUUCUGGCGUGUCCUAUGUUGUACAAGAACCUGGUGACUAUGAAGUGGUCAUCAAGUUCAACGAUGAACACAUCCCUCAAAGUCCUUUCUUGGUUCCCAUCAUCGCUCCAUCUGAUGACGCUCGAAGACUCACUGUCUCUAGUCUUCAGGAGUCUGGGCUCAAAGUCAACCAGCCAGUAUCAUUUGCUAUCAGACUGAACGGGGCUAAGGGCAGAAUCGAUGCCAAGGUGCACAGCCCCUCCGGAGCAGUAGAAGAGUGCCAUGUGUCAGAGCUGGAGCCAGACAAAUAUGCAGUACGUUUUAUUCCACGAGAGAAUGGCAUACAUACAAUUGAUGUGAAGUUCAAUGGUAGCCAUGUGCCUGGAAGCCCCUUCAAAGUGCGAGUGGGAGAACCAGGACAGGAGGGUGACCCUGCACUUGUGACGGCGUAUGGAGCUGGACUGGAGAGAGAGGAGUUACAGGUAAACAGUCAGAAUUCAUCAUUAAUACAAGUAAGGCAGGGCCAGGUGCACUCUCUGUCACCAUCGAAGGACCAUCAAAAGUGACCAUGGAAUGCAAGGAGUGUCCAGAAGGCUAUAAAGUCCUCUAUACUCCAAUGGCCCCAGGAAACUACAUGAUUGGAAUCAAAUAUGGCGGUCCAAACCACAUCAUGGGCAGCCCAUACAAAGCCAAAAUAACAGGUCAGAGGCUUGUUAGUGCUGGCAACAUCAAUGAGACUUCCUCCAUAAUCGUGCAGUCUGUGACUCGCGCUUCCACAGAGACCGUUUAUAGCGCACUGCCAAGGUUUGCGUCUGAUGCCAGCAAAGUCACAUCAAAAGGAGCUGGUCUGGCGAAGGCUUAUCUAGGACAGAAAAGCAGCUUCACUGUGGACUGCAGUAAAGCAGGUUCUAACAUAUUAUUAGUCGGCGUGCACGGGCCCACAAUCCCUUGUGAAGAAGUAUCUGUAAAACAUCUGGGCAACAAGCAAUACAGCGUCAGCUAUCACGUGAAGGAGAAGGGAGACUACACCUUGGUGGUGAAAUGGGGGGAAGAGCACAUCCCAGGGAGUCCCUUCACGUCACCGUUCCCUAA